AUCUGGCAUCGCUGGUGUGCAAAAGGUGCGUGUGUGUUGCAGUAGUUCGUCAUUUUAUCCCGUUCGGUUUAUCACAUUUUAUGCAGUUUGAAACUUAACAGUUUGCCUAAAAAGUAUCUCAAUCGGAAGUGCUAGGCCGCUGUAGCGAAAUGAGCGCGACCAAAUCGUCGGGCACGACCACAAUAACUCCCUCGAGUGCGGAAAUGGUUUCCACGAAACUUCAUGCGUCCUCAGGGUCACAGUCCCAGCAGCGUUCGUAUGGAAAAAUUGUGCUAACUUUGGAAAACUGUCUUCUGCCUGAGACGAAAUUUGAUUUAACGCCUUCGCAAGCCGACGGCCUGCAGCGCGAAACGGAAAUCGACCUACGGAUAUUGGGCUGUGAGCUGAUUCAGACGGCCGGGAUCUUGCUAAAGUUGCCUCAGGUGGCAAUGGCAACCGGACAGGUACUGUUCCAGCGUUUCUUCUAUUCCAAGUCCUUCGUGCGGCACAGCAUGGAAGCGACGGCGAUGAGCUGCGUCUGCUUGGCGUCGAAGAUCGAGGAAGCGCCUCGGCGCAUCCGGGAUGUGAUCAAUGUAUUUCAUCACAUCAAACAAGUUCGUGGACAGAAACCGCUGGUGCCGAUGAUUUUGGACCAGCACUACAUCAAUCUGAAAUCUCAGGUGAUCAAAGCUGAACGAAGGGUACUGAAAGAGCUGGGCUUCUGCGUUCACGUCAAACACCCGCACAAGUUGAUUGUGAUGUAUCUGAAGUAUUUGGAGCUCGAGAAACACCACAACAUGAUGCAGAUGGCGUGGAACUUCAUGAAUGACUCAUUUCGGACGGACGUGUUUGUGCGGUACCAGCCGGAAACGAUUGCGUGCGCUUGCAUCUACUUGACGGCCCGGAAACAAAACAUUCCCUUGCCAAGCCAGCCGGCAUGGUUUCUGAUUUUCCGUGUCAGCGAAGACGACAUGCUGGAUGUUUGCUACCGGAUAAUGGCUUUGUAUAAACGAACGAAAGCAAAUGCUGAAACGUUGGAGGAAGCCGUCGAUAGUCUGAAGAAAAAGUACCAGGAUCAGAAGAAGAAAGAUCGCUCGGAAACGAACACACCACCGACGAUCGUCAUGGCGGAUCGAAACAAUGGUUCCCACAAUGCAUGGGGAGGUUUCAUCUCGCGAGCUCUACCAGCAACGGUCAGCGGUGACAACAAUGGAAACAACAACAACGACAAAGACGGCAAAAAAUCCCGUUCAAAAUCAGGCUCACGGACGCCCAGAAGCCGGUCCAGGUCACGUUCACGCUCGCGGACGGCAUCCCGAUCCAGAUCACAUUCACCUUCAAGAUCGUCACACUCCAAAUCUCGGUCGCACUCACGGACGGCGUCACGAUCACGGUCGCGUUCCUCCGCUGCCGACCAUUCGCCGUCGCACUACAGCGAAAAGAGCGGCGCGCGCAAAUCCAAAAAGACAAAACACCGAUCACGAACACCCUCCAAAUCAUCGACGAAAAAGAAGUCCAAACAUUACUCGCGAUCCCGUUCGGCAUCGCCCGAAACACCACAAAAGUACAAAAAAAGCGAGAAUAGAUACGACCGCCGGCGAGAUGAUCGUGACAAUCGCUACAUGAACGGAGGUGAUCGAGACCGUAUCUCAUCGAAGUCUGAACGGGACCGGGAUCGGGACCGUAGCCGGGACUAUCAUCACCAUCACCACCGGGAUCGUCAUCGCGACAAAAGUGGUUACGAUCGUGAGGAUUACCGCAAGGACCAUCGAAGCUCACACAGCAUCGGGGAUAAGCGGGACAAGUACAGCAGUCGACAUAGUGGCAGUGACCGGCAUCGAUCGUCGAAGCAUGGAGAGCGGGACCGUAGGCGAUAAAAACGCAGAAACGAUCUAUGGAUCUAUACUAGAUUCUAGGCUCAUUGACUUUAGAAAUGCCAUUUUAGUUGUUUUCUAAUAUUUAGAUUUUUUAAACAAUAGUUUCCGUAUGAUAUGCGAUUGCGAGCACAGGAUAGGCGGAUGUUGACAGUGAUGCAUUGUAAAUAAAAGCUGGUGUUUAUUCUAAGCUGGAUAUGAAAAUCGAACGGCAUUUGGAAAAAGGCUUCAUCGACCAAUCCGAAUCCGUUACUAUCAACUGUCGCAGAAAAUAGCACUUGUGAGUGUAUCCUUUGCGGUCCUGCUAGGUUUACUUCGGCUAUCACAGCAAAAGUUGCCAAUAUCAAGGCGAAUGAUUUUUUUUCAAUCUACAUUGGAAGAAAACCAGAAAUAUAAGGAAAAAUAACGAA